AUGCACCGGCCGCUUCCUCGACCACCCACUGACGACUCCACACGACCAAGCGAGCCGAGUUCCCCGCGCCCCAGCGAAGCCCCUGCCACAGUGCUGGAUGCCACGGCCUUCCCGCACAUCCUGGACCGUGUGCUGGCCUACCUCGCCCCAGAGCACCUGUACCCCCUCCGAGCGGUCUCCCGCGAUGUCCAACGCCGAAUCGACACGCAGAUAACAUGCUUUCGCGUCGUCCUCGUCGACCACCGCUGGCGAUGCCUUCAGCGCUGCGUCCCGCCCGUCGGCGCCGUCCCCCUCCGCUCCGAUGGGGUGGGGCGCGAGUACUGCGUCCAGGACUUGCCACCGGACACGCUAGUCAAGGUUGUCCAGGUGCGCAGGACGGCUGAUGGCGUUGCCGACGCACUCGACACUAUGGGCACGGUGCACACGGUGCAGCGGUGCGGCGCCAAGGCGGUCAUCCACCCGGGCGUGCGCACAAUGGUCGACUGCUUCGGCUUUGCCAACCUCGGCACACCGACUCUCUUUUGGAAGGUCGCGGGAUCGCAUGCAGAGAAGCGGUACCACCAGCCCACAAUCCCCGACUCGAUCAGGCGGUACGUCUUGCACGCUGUCAUCGACCAGGUGGCAAGCGUGAUUAGCGUGGACGAGGAUGACCACGACGUGCGGUUCGCUUUCCCUCCUGGCCUGUGCGAGUUCGUGCUCGUCCUCUGGCCUAUCUUUGCCACUGAAGAGCGUCGACGAGUCCAAGACGUGCCCGUGUCGCUCGUGUCGAUGAUCGGCGCAGCGGUCACAGCCGCCGAAAGUGACAUCAAGACCACCAUUGUCGGUGCCGAACGCCUCUCUCCGCUCGUGUUGGGCAACAAUAAGGAGAAGUUUGCCGACCCGGCUGACGCCGUCGAAGCGGUGCGGGAGCUGCUGCGUACUCACCAGACAACCAAGUUCCGAGCCGAGCAACAACGGUACGCAGAGGCGCAAGCCUUUCUUCAGCAGAUGAAUGACGACAAUCUCGCCUGCGUCCAACUCGCGAAGCGACAGAGGGUGGGCGAGAUCAGCCGCCGAGACCCCCUAAUCAACGACAUGCGGCGUCGCGUCAUGGACCACUGGCGAACACUGGGCAAGCCGGACCUAAGGACAGCAGCGGAGUGCAAGGACCCUUUCUCGCGCGUAGACAAGGAGCCAGAUGACCUGUACGAUAUGCAGCGGAAGCUGGAGGGCCUGAUUUCAUACCAUCGGCGUAACACCGGCGUCGUCGAGCCCCCACUCCCGGGAAUCCCUGUACCGCCAGAUGCGGACAAGCUGUCGCCCGUCCGUUUCCUCACCCUCCAGGAGUGGUGGCGCGACCUCGGCCCCACGCGCCGGCGAUACCAGGGCCUCGCGUUCGACGACGGGAGGGCCGACGGCGACGAGGCGCUGUCGCUCAGUCUGGUGGAGAUGAGCGGUUAUUCGCUGCGCGAGUCUUGA